AUGCCUCGCACACUCUCCCGGCUGCAGUACCGGAAGCCGCCUGUGCCAAUUGCCUUCCACGGUCGCAAUGGCCGCCCCCUCGCUGGCCAGUAUCUGGAGAAACGAGUGACGGCUUUCGUCAACCGCCAGUCGAAUCCCCGCCAUGUCAGGCUUCAGGUCGUCGCAAACCCAAAAGCGCGGCUGCCGGCGACCAAGCAGACCGUUAUCCAUCCCAUCAAGCCUUUUACGUUGAAAGACAUCGUGGACCCCGACGGCAAGGCGCGGCAUGGCGAAAUCAUCUACAUCUUCCGGAACGUCAAGACCAACCAGAUCAUAUAUUCUCUCCAGGAGCUGCUCAACGACCAUCACCUCGCACAACUGCCCUUCAUCGGCAAGCACUCGAAACCGCCCGUUCUGCGACCAGACGAAUGGACGCCACACUGCGUCGUCACCUUUCCCAGUGCCGAGCAAGGCCACAGCGCCUUCAGGAGACUGCGCGAGUUCCGCAAAGUUCAUGAAGUAGCGUGGGAUAAGACAAACCCCGAGUGGAAGAGGAUACCCGUCAAGUCUCGCAUGAAGAAGAUCAUGGACCAACGUGCCAACAUGGCUGUGGAUCUUGCCAGGGUCUUGGCGCAACAAGAAGUCCGCGCCGAAGAAAUGGAAGAGGCUCUCCGCAAGCGGCAAGAGUGGGAAGCUAAAGUCUUGGACGAAAAGUGGGCAGAGGUGGACGCUCUUGUCAAUGCUGCAGCAGCCAAGGAGAAGCUCGCGGACAAUGUCAAGUGGCUCGAGCAUCAGAUCAGGUCCUUGACCAUGAAGCUUAACAUGAAGCACAACCAGAACGAGAAGGACCAGCAGCGCUUGAAGAACGCCAAGAUCCAACAGGAAAAACGUCUACGGAAGAUCCAAUGGGCACAGCGAAAGGCAGAGCAGCUCAAGACGAUGCAAGAAGAUUUGGAAAAGAAGGCCGCGCCCGCGAACGAGUUGGGUGCAGACGGCAAGUUGGAUGAGCUCAAGACCCAGGCCUCUGUUCUUAGAGAAACCGUCACCAACGCUGACCCUACACGGUCCCCGGAGGAUCAGGCAUUAGACCGAGAUCUACUUAAGAACCAUGAAGCCGAGAUCGCGGCUUUGGAAGAAGCAUUCGAGGCUAAGGCGCAAUUGGAGAACCGCAGUCACUACAUCCAUCGCUCCGUUUUACCACAAGCCGCGAAGAAGCUGCUACCCACGCCUUUUACGCUUGAAGACGUACGGGUACAGUGGGCCGACAUUCGCGAUGCGCUGUCUGCAGCCAACCAGUGGCCAGAACCAAUCGAGCACGAAGAUUUGCCCCUCAGAAAAUCCCUCGAAAAUGUUGCCUUCCUUUCGGUAGAGGACUACCAGCUAGAGCGGGCGGAGGAAGUUGGCCGCAUUCUUGAAACUCUUGACGCACAAAGAAAGGACGCGGCAGAGAAGGAGGUGGAGGCGGUAGCCUAG